UCAGUGACUACCCCUUUCCCUCUUUUGAUUUCACCUCCUUCCCUUCCUUCCUUUCCCAUCUGCUGGAGCUGGGUGGAACCCUUGGGGCCCCAACUCCUAGUGAGUGCCCAGAGCGCAGGCCUGGCGGGGGAGGCGCGCAGCAGCCCAGUCCUGAGUCCAGGUGCCAGGAGGCGGGUGGAUGCGCAGCGAGACAGCGAGCGCUGGCGGAGCUCAGCUGGGAACUGUUCCCUUGGGAAUGGUUACUGCACAUUCCUCACGUGUAGACCAGGGGGAUCAAAGAAAGCUGUCUUGUGAACAUCGCCAGCUGAGCGCCGCCUGCCAGGUGUGCCAGAAGCUGCAGGGACGAGAGUGUCGCCACCCCCUUCAGCUUUCUGCCUCCGUCUCCUCUCCAUCCCUCCUUUGCCCAACUCCUCCACCCGCCCAGCAGUCAGAUCUUCCACCCGCACACCUUUGCUGGGCAUCUCAAUUACAAAGUUGAGGGCAGAGGCUCCAUACAUCCAGGGCAGGGCUACCUGGAAUCGGAUUGGGAGUGUGUCGGUAGGCUGUCCUGACUCCCCAUGUGGGUUUUCCCGGGCAGGACCCCACCUCUGCAAGCAGCCUUGUCGCUCCGCCGCCACCGCGCGCUCGCAGCUCCCUAGCGACAGGCAGGCGAGCGAGCUCGGGGGUGGAGAGCGCCGGGGUGCGCGAGGGGGAGGCCUCCCUCUCUCGCUCUCUCUAUCGCUCUCUGUCUCUGUCUCUCUCUCCCUCGGGAGCCUGGGAGAUCCCGCCCGCCACCCCCCUCGGGGCCACGCCAGCGCCCCUCCAUCACCCACGAUCCCCAACGUCGUGGCACUCUCGGGCUGAGGCGCCCGGCAUGGAGCUGCCUCUGUGCGGUCGGGGGCCGCUCGGGUCCUCGCUGGACAGCAGCUCGCUGACCUCGCUGGACUCCAGCGUCUUCUGCAGCGAGGGCGACGCCGAGCCCUUGGCACUCGGGGACUGCUUCACGGUCAACGUAGGCGGCAGCCGCUUCGUGCUCUCGCAGCAGGCGCUGUCCUGCUUCCCGCACACGCGCCUGGGCAAGCUGGCCGUGGUGGUGGCCUCGUACCGCCGCCUGGGCGCCCUGGCCGCCGCGCCCAGCCCUCUGGAGCUGUGCGACGACGCCGACCCAGUGGACAACGAGUACUUCUUCGACCGCAGCUCGCAGGCGUUCCGCUACGUGCUGCACUACUACCGCACGGGCCGCCUGCACGUCAUGGAACAGCUGUGCGCGCUCUCCUUCCUCCAGGAGAUCCAGUACUGGGGCAUCGACGAGCUCAGCAUCGACUCCUGCUGCAGGGACAGAUACUUCAGAAGGAAGGAGCUGAGUGAAAGUCUAGACUUCAAGAAGGACACAGAUGACCAAGAAAGUCAACAUGAGAGUGAACAGGACUUCACACAAGGACCUUGCCCCACUGUCCGCCAGAAGCUCUGGAACAUCCUGGAGAAGCCUGGGUCUUCCACAGCAGCCCGAAUCUUUGGGGUCAUCUCCAUCAUAUUCGUGGCAGUGUCCAUCGUCAACAUGGCCCUGAUGUCAGCUGAGUUAAGCUGGCUCAACCUGCAGCUGCUGGAAAUCCUGGAGUACGUGUGCAUUAGCUGGUUCACAGGCGAGUUCGUCCUCCGCUUCCUGUGUGUACGGGACAGGUGCCGCUUCCUCAGGAAGGUGCCCAACAUCAUAGACCUCCUUGCCAUCCUGCCCUUCUACAUUACUCUGCUGGUAGAGAGCCUAAGUGGAAGCCACACCACACAAGAACUGGAAAACGUGGGGCGCCUGGUCCAGGUUUUGAGGCUGCUCAGGGCUCUGCGCAUGCUGAAGCUGGGGAGGCACUCCACAGGACUGCGCUCACUUGGGAUGACCAUCACCCAGUGCUAUGAAGAAGUCGGCCUAUUGCUCCUAUUUCUGUCUGUGGGGAUUUCUAUAUUUUCAACUGUAGAAUACUUUGCAGAGCAAAGCAUACCUGAUACAACCUUCACAAGUGUUCCUUGCGCAUGGUGGUGGGCCACAACCUCCAUGACUACAGUGGGCUAUGGGGACAUUAGACCAGACACCACCACAGGCAAAAUUGUGGCCUUCAUGUGUAUUUUAUCAGGAAUCCUUGUCUUGGCCUUGCCUAUUGCUAUUAUUAACGAUCGCUUCUCUGCUUGCUACUUCACCUUGAAACUCAAGGAAGCAGCCAUUAGACAGCGUGAAGCUCUAAAGAAGCUUACCAAGAAUAUAGCCACUGACUCAUACAUCAGCGUUAACUUGAGAGAUGUCUAUGCACGGAGCAUCAUGGAGAUGCUGCGGUUGAAAGGCAGGGAAAGAGCAAGUACUAGGAGCAGUGGGGGAGAUGAUUUCUGGUUUUAAAUAUCACCUUUGUCUUAUUUUUAAGAGCUUUGUACAUUUAACUGUAUUAAUAAGGCGUUGCUAGGUAUGGAUGUCUGUAUAUCAAUGAAGAGUUAUGAAUCCUACUCAUCUUUAUCUUUUUCCUGAUGUAUUACUUUGUUUAACAGGAUGUUUCACAUCUCCACAUCUCCCAUAGCAACUAAAGAUUGUUUUGACACUCUCAGACAUAAGCUAGUUAACAACCAAAUACACUUGGGACAACGGACACAUAUCUGAAUUUUCAAAUAUUAAAUAACAUAAUUGCAAUAUGUAUCACUGGUGGAUUACUAAUUUUAGAAGUAUUUCUGAGCUGCUAUUUUAAUCAAAUUAAAACUGUGCAACCCAGAGAAAAGAUUAGUGAGCAUUUAAGAACACAUUGAACAUCUUUUCUAUUUAAAGAUGUUCUCCAAAUAAAUUGCUCCUUUCUCCAUCAGUUAGAGCUGUUCAGUAUAACAAUUAACUUUGCAAGGGAACAUCUAGAGUUGGUAGGCCUAGACUGUGUCUUUUGUAGAGUGAAAACCAGUAGACCCAAACUGACAUCUCUGUGUUCCAUUAUUACUGCUGUAGAAGAGAACCCCCACCCUAAUUCAAGUGCAGCAGAUGAGGUCUGCACAGGUUUCAAGAGCCUGCAAGUCGUCAAUCUCCCAAAUUUGAGAUGUGAAGUAGAAAACAUCAUAUUUCUUGGUUUUUUCAUGAAAUCAGGUGGUUUACCAAUGUCUUGAUGUAUUGUUUCAGUUGUCUUUCAAAUCAUGAAUAUGUAAAUGUGAGGUAGUGAAAAUACUAAAUUUAUGCAUUGAAACGAUUAAAUUGUCUUAUUUUAUAAAAUGAGAUUAUGUUGAAUGACAUCAUUGAACUAGAAGAUGCUUUAUGUGUUAGCAAAAAAAAAAAAAAAAAUUACUGUCAGCUGGGGUAGAUAG